AUGCCCUUAUUUGCACUCAUCCUCCACCAUUUCUCUUCCUACGACCACAAUCGCCUUAAUCCCAUCACCGCUGCCGUCGACCUAUUCCGCCGUGAAUUCAACCGUCAAAUCAUCCACAAAUGCCCUGUCCUCGUUUACUCCGCCGUGAAAGACCACAAAAUAGGUAAAGCCACAUUUGAAUGUGCUGUUUGCUUGAAUGAGUUUCAACACAAUGAUAAAAUAAGGUUGUUGCCAAAAUGUUACCAUAUUUUUCACCAAGAUUGUAUUGAUGUUUGGUUAUUAUCUCAUAUGAAUUGUCCUGUAUGUCGCUCCAAACUUACCCCCGAUGUUCCCGACAUUGCAAUCCCUAUCGAUGCCGCGACGGAAUCAACGGAGCAACAACAAGAAGAGAGCAACACCGUUAGGGUUUCAGAAGAAGAGGUAGUAAUGGCUGAUGAAGACAUUUUCCGUUUACGGGAAUUGAGAAUGUUGGACAAGUUUCCUUUACCGAGGUCACAUUCAACGGGUCAUUCUUUAGCGGAAAAUGAGGAGAAAGUAGAGAAUAAUCAUGAUGAUGAUGUUGUUCUUCAUCUGCCACCUGCAUGGAGUUCAAAGAGGGUAUGGUAUAGAAGUAACAACAACGUGGAGCGGUGGUCUUUGUCCAUGACUCACUUUGGAGUUUUCUGA